AUGCGGUUCCCGACCUUCCUCAAAUCGCUGCUGCUUGGUGUCCCAGUAGGGGUGACUCUGCUCGAUUGCGUUGGAUAUGUGGCGCGGGUUGAGGGUGUAUCGAUGCAGCCGGCUCUCAAUCCGGACGCUAGCGUGACAGAUUAUGUGUUCCUUUCGCGGUGGGCCGUUCGGAACAUGGACGUGCAGCGGGGCGACAUUAUUUCGCUCGUCUCGCCCAAGGACCCGAGUCAGAAAAUUAUAAAACGCGUUGUCGCUCUCCAGGGAGAUGUAAUCUCCACACUAGGCUAUAAGCUGCCAUACGUUACGGUUCCGGAAGGGCAUUGUUGGGUUGAAGGGGAUCAUACAGGUAACUCACUAGAUAGCAAUACGUUCGGGCCGGUUUCGUUAGGACUAGUAACUGCGCGGGCUACACAGAUUGUUUGGCCACCGUCCCGAUGGCAACAGUUACCUUCAACCGUACCAAAAACGAGAGUACCGAUCGCAACCGGUAAACGGUCCACUACUGGCAGCACAAGAGCCGCGAACAACCAUACCGUUAGCAAUAGCAGCAACAGCAACAGCUCUACUCCUUUGGUUCACUCCAUGGAAGAAGUGCAUCGACUGAAUUGA